AUGUCUUCCAGUCGCACUGCUUCAUACUCACUUGAGGAAGAAAUGCACUUGUGCCAUGUAUAUAUUGACAUUUCUCAAGAUCCAAUCAUAGGAAGAAACCAAUCAGUUGCAAAAUUAAGGGGAUGCAUAAACCAAAUCCAAAAUAAAAAUCCAAGUGGUGCUUCACAAGAAGAUAUUAAAUUUACAAGUGAUGACAACAUCAAUGCACCAAGUAGAUUCCAACAAGAUGGUCCUAAUUUUACUUCAUCCAAAUCAUCAUCUCACAAUUUUGAUUCUCCGGCGUCAGCAUCCACCGAUAUGAGUUCAUUUGAUCUUAAUAUAAAUAAUGAGGAAAUCAUUACUAAUUCAAUUGAAAGACCUAUUGGUGUGAAAAAAGCAAAGGCAAAACAAUUAGGUGAUGAUCAAUUUAACAAACUAAUGGAACAAAGUAAAAAACUUGUUCAAGUUAUUGAAAAGAGUAACACAGAUAGAAAUGAACGUCAUAAAAGAAAGACUGAAGAUAAAAUUUUAUUCACAGAUUUGGAUUCUAUAUCCGAUCCAGAGUUUCGCCGGUACAUUCAAAGCGAAAAAAGAAGAAUUUACAGAGAAAGAGCACGAACAUCCGAAGUUGGAGAACAAGGAGAAGGAUCUCAAUAUCAGAGAUCACAAUAUCGAGCAUCUCAAUAUCAAGGACAAAGUGCUCAAGAUGAAGGGCAACGAUCUCAAGAUCAAGGUGAAAGAUCUGAAAAUGACUCACAAGAUUAUAGUCCAUAUUUUGACUAUCUUGGCGGAAUAGGGAAUAAUUUUCUGCAUUAUUGA